AUGGCAAACCAAGCCAAUCAAUCAUUGAAAAGUAAUAAUCCUUCGUCAGUGCCACCACCGUCGGCUCCAUCCGCGUUGCUGCGCGGUGAUGGUGUGCGUGCUGCCAUCGCCGUAUCGCCGGCCAGCACCAUUCGGACGUCACUGAUCGACCGCCCGGUUGCGCCGUCGCGCCCCAUUUCCCUCCCGAUGCCCACCGUCGCCCCGCAUUCGCCGGCCGUCGCGAUGCCUUCGCGAACUUCUCGCAGCGCCACGCGGUCGAGCGUGGCGUCGAACCCGUUCGUGUCGCAGUCCGCCGGCAUGCGGGUGUUCAAGAAGUGCAAAAGUGCCACCUUCCAGAUCGAUGGACACACCUACACCAUAGUUGCGAGCUCGCCAGAGAAUAAAUUUACCAAAGAUGAUAUAACCCUUGCCGGAGCUGGUCCAGGGCGCGAACCGUUGCCCUGCUGCGAUCCGGCCACGUGCCCCGGUCCAACCACCAGCUACGGAUCCUGCGGGCCAGCAGCAACCACGCAGGUUCCACCGGCCUCGGCCGUGCCCACAGUCAACCCGGCCACGGGCUCGCAGCAGCAGCAGCACCACCACCAACAGCAACAGCAACCACAGUCCGCUGGCAGCAGCAGUUGCCAUCCGUAUCAUCAACACUUUCAUCAUCACCAUCACCAUCACCAUUGCCAUCAGCCGGUGCGGGCGGAUUGUCUCUCCCGGAACGGCCACAUAGCAAAGCAAGGAAGUCUGACGAUCGUGCGGCGAACGAAUAGCCGGAAAAAUACCAACAUCCAGCAGCAGCUUCAGUACCAGGAAGCGCUGGACGAGUCCGACUACCAGCAGCCGGCAUUCGGGAGCGACUCUGGUGCCGAAGGUAGCGCAGGGGGAGGGGCUGGCGGAGGCGGCGGCGGCUUCGGCGGGGCGGCAGGCGACAGUGGUGGUGGUGGGCCGGAGGGCGAGUUUGGUCAGCAGCAUCCGCCACUGUCCGAGUCGGAGCUCGCCUUCGUCAACAGCCAGCUAAGCCGGGAGCUCGAGAGCAUGCAACCGACGGCCGGGGCCGCGAUCGUCGCCGCGAAUCGCACCGACUCGACGACCGGGGAUGAGCUGGACACCGUCGACCUAGCGACCGACAACUUGCCGGCUGUCGAUACACCAGAUGCAUGUGAUAAGGCCGCAGUCAGACUACGAUGUCUGCUGCGGCAGCUGCAGCGAGGCGAAAUUUCCGCCGAGCUGCUGCAGAAAAACCUUCAUUACGCCGCGCGCGUACUUGAAGCCGUUUUUAUCGACGAGACAAAUCAAGACGGAGGCGCUGGAGGUGGAGGAGGCAACGCCGGUGGCGGAGGUCAUAGAGCAAACGCUGGUAGUGGUAGUGACGGUGGUGGUGGAGGUGGUAGCGACGGCGGGGGCUCCAGCAGUACAGCAGCGCACGGAAGCAGCAAUGCCGCCGGCAAGGAGACGCACCGGGGCGCAACGACGUCGGCGCCGCCGACGCACGGGGGGCCGACGGGGCCACCGGCCAGCAAGAGCGUCAUACAGAGGCGACGCUUACGGGCUCCGGUUUGGGCUCGGUCCAUGCGCCUCGCGGACGAAGAUGACGAGCUGUCCGAGGUACAACCGGAUGCGGUUCCGCCCGAGGUCCGGGAGUGGCUGGCGUCCACCUUCACCCGCCAGCUGGCGACGACGCGGAAGAAAUCGGACGAGAAGCCCAAGUUCCGCUCGGUGGCGCACGCCAUCCGGGCCGGCAUCUUCGUCGAUCGGAUCUACCGGCGCGUGUCCAGCACGGCCCUGAUGCAGUUUCCACCCGAAGUCGUCCGUGUCCUUAAGACACUCGACGAUUGGUCAUUCGAUGUGUUCGCCCUGGCCGAGGCGGGCAACUGCAUGCCGGUGAAGUACCUCGGCUACGACCUGCUGAACCGGUACGGCAUGAUACACAAGUUCAAGGUACCGCCGGCCACGCUCGAGACGUUCCUGACGCGCAUCGAGGAGGGCUACUGCCGGUUCCGCAACCCGUACCACAACAACCUGCACGCCGCGGACGUCGCACAAACCGUACACCACGUCCUCUGCCAGACAGGACUGAUGCACUGGCUGACCGAUCUGGAGAUCUUCGCCACGCUGCUGGCCGCCCUGAUCCACGACUACGAGCACACGGGGACGACCAACAACUUCCACGUGAUGUCCGGCUCGGACACGGCGAUGCUGUACAACGACCGGGCGGUGCUGGAGAACCACCACAUCAGUGCGGCGUUCCGCGUGCUCAAGGAGGACGACUGCAACGUGCUGCAGAACCUGUCCCGGGACGAGUUCCGCGAGCUGCGCACGCUCAUCAUCGACAUGGUGCUCGCGACCGACAUGUCGUUCCACUUCCAGCAGCUGAAGAACAUGCGCAACCUGCUGACGCUCGCCGAGCCGCAGGUGGACAAGUCGAAGGCGCUCUCGCUGGUGCUGCACUGUUGUGAUAUCUCGCACCCGGCCAAGCGCUGGGACAUCCAUCACAAGUGGACGAUGCUGCUGCUGGAGGAGUUCUUCCGCCAGGGCGACCUGGAGCGCGAGCUCGGCCUGCCGUUCAGUCCGCUGUGCGAUCGCAACAACACGCUCGUCGCCGAGUCGCAGAUCGGCUUCAUCGAGUUCAUCGUCGAACCGAGCAUGACCGUCUGCGCCGACAUGCUCGAGAUCGUGCUGGCCCCGAUCGCUCCCAUCGCUUGCAACGCGUCCAGUGGCGCGCCGGCCCCGACCAGCACCGCGCCCAACAAUAACAGUAGUAGUAGUAAUAGCAACAACAACAAUAAUAAUAAUAAUAAUAGUAACAAUAAUAUUAACUGUAAUACCAACGUCAACAAUAAUAGCAGUAGCAUUAAAAGUACUACCAAUAAUACUCUUAGCGUACCGAGCAACAAUACGAACAACAAUGAAGCAAUAAGUAGUGGCAGUGGGAGCGAGGAGAAGGGCGGCCCCGGGGAUGGCCCCGAACCGGCGGCACCGGGUAGUGCGGGGUCGGCCAAGAACGGUGGCGAUCCGAACGAGAAGCCGAACCGCUUUAAAAUACGCAAACCCUGGAUCACUUGUUUGGCGGAGAAUAAGAAAAUCUGGAAGGAACAAGCCGUACGAGAUGCUGAAGCGAGGGCAGCAGCGGCAGCAGCAGAGGCAGAAGCAGCGGCGGCGGCGGCGGCAGCCCUGGAAGCAGCCGAAUCUUCCGAAGGCCAGCCAGCAGCCGACGAUGGGACCGACGAAGGGAAGGGCGAAGAGACGGAAACUAACUAAAACUGCAACUUAACUGAACGCACCCCGGCUGGCCGAACGGACGCAAGGAACUAGGAGCGCACUGGUGCGUUGUUCGUGUUUCUACGUUGCUGCGUGAGCUACGAAACUAGAGAGAGACAGAAGGAGGAGGCACACAAGAAAUUAACCCAGCACCAAACACCACAAACAGUAAGGAAAAAAGAACGCGAGAAAGUGAAUAGUAGAAAAGGCAACAAAAAAACAACAAAAUGAUAGUGAAAUUGAAUAAACUUUAUUAACGGAGACAAAAGAAGAAAAAGAAACAUUGGGAAUUGAGAAGAGAGAGUAACUAAUAAACAUCCUACUGCUGAUGACAAACGGAACGAUAGUACAUAGGAAAAGAAAAAUUAUUCAAAAACAUUGGAAAUAUUUAACGGAAGCGGCAAAGCGACAAACAAAGCAGAAAAUAUAAAAAUGUGAAUGUUAUUUAGCGAAUCAUCUUUAACGGAAGCAAAAACCAAACAAACAAAGACAUUGAACCAUUCAUUGAACAAAGCAACACAAGCAGAAAACAGAAAGAAACGGCAAUUCGGCGGAAAAUCUGUAAAAGCUGACAACGGUUUGCGGGAGUAGAGGGAAGGCGCGUACGCGAGCAGAGAAAUGAAAAUAUUUACAACAGAUUGCUCUAUUUCUACAACCGCGAGGUUCACGCAAAAGAUGCUUAAAGAUUGUUGAAACCAAUUGAAGAAAAUAACAAAACAAAACAACCGCACGCACUCUUAUCGCACCCACGUAAUCCCGGCGUAUAGGAAUAGAAGACAAAUGGUAACAAAAGAAAACCACUCGAAAAAUAAUCCUCUUUCUAAAAAGUACUAGAACUAGUAGCGAGUGAUAAAGCCGGGCGAGCGCCAUUGUGCAAUCGCGGUGAAAAUACGAUAGAAUAGAGAAAGACUUACAAUAUACCAAGCCCUUGCAAAUCACGUGUAGAAAAACAGAACUCAAAACAACAAACAAGGAAUUAAUGGAUUUAUUUAAGAAAAUACCUGAACGUUCUUUACGUGCAAAAUAAACCACUAAUACACUACUCUGUUGCCUGCUUAACACACAGCCUAACU